AUGAAGAAUCGAGCGAACGAUGAUCAAAUGAUGGUCGAUCAAUCUAAGGAGAAUAAAAAAAACAAGAAGAAUUUUGGGCCUUUGAACAUGGAACAGUACAAAUUGCCGGAUGGAUCGUUGGACGGAAAGGAGAUCUUUGUGUGGUACGCAUUCUAUGAUCGCAGAAAUCGGAGUGAAACUCUUCUUGAUGUGGUGAGACGACAAAUGAAUCCGGCUGAAUACCCGGGUGUCGGAGCUCUCAAUCUUGAUCAUCACGGUCUCGGUUUCCCGGAUGAACCUUGGGAUUAUGGUAAAUUCCGAGAGUUAAACAUUGUCAAAAAGGGACACCCGUUUGAGUCGAGUAGACCACAAAAAUACAUCUACCAGACUGAAUAUGCAAAAUUGCCUUGGGUUCACGAGAUGAAAAACUUCUUUGGAAACAAGAAAUCGCAAAUGCUUCCCACAGAGCAAGUGAUCUAUCUUCACAUGCGAAAUGAAAUGACAAAUCUCGAGGGGACACCACGAAUCUAUCCCGAUUUUCAAAUGUUUGAGUUUUUCCAUGACGAUAUUGGUUGGGUGAAGAGCUGUAAGAAUAAAAUCAAAUUGACGGAAGAGUGGACAAGAGAUUGGAUCGAGAAUAGUAUCGUCAGAAAUCAAUUAAAUGCAAUAAUGCAAGCCUCAUGUGUUGUUGAUCGAUACUUUCAACGACAUCUCGUUCCCGCAAUGCGUGACACGUUUGGAAUGAGUAAAGAGAAUGUUCGCAAAUUUCGUCAAAGCUACUAUAAAAUCGUGAGUCGUUAUCACAAUGAUCUCAACGCGUGUGUUUGGGCGGCUUUAGGCAAUGAUGGAUACACUCAAUCAUACAAACCGUGGAUGGCUUCAAGAGACACGAUAAUGGUUCAAAUUUUGACCGAAUCCGCAGUGCUGGAUUCCAUUCGUCCACUCACGAAAAACUAUCGACAAACAAUCACAGAAUCAUUCAAAUUUCUUCGACGCAACCUUUCAAAACCACUUUUCGAUUUGAGCACUUUUUUGAAAAAGGGUACAAUUUAUUAUGUCAGU